AUGAGAAGUUGCACUCGGUUGCCCAAGUUGCCCGGUGUCCGGUUCUUUUCAGAAGGCGUAUCCCAACCGUCCAACAAGGUCCAGGUCUACAUCUCAAAGAGUCGAGAUCCGUGGUUGAAUCUUUCCAUUGAGCAUUUCCUCCUGCAAAAGUCCGCUCCAGAGUCGACUGUACUAUUUCUCUACACCAACCGACCCUGUGUCGUCAUCGGUCGAAAUCAAAAUCCAUGGCUUGAGGUCAAUCUGGGCUUGGUAAAUUCUCCAGGGUCUUUUAAAAGAGAGCUCGAGCAAUGGACAGACAAGACAUCCCCAGGAGAGUCUUCUGAUGUUCUCCUAGUGAGACGACGGUCUGGAGGGGGCACAGUCUUCCACGAUGAGGGAAACGUCAACUACAGCGUCAUCUGCCCACCAGAGGUGUUUGACCGCGACAGACAUGCCGAGAUGGUAGUACGAGCUCUACGAAGCCUGGGCGUGGAGACGGCCCGCGUCAAUGAGCGACAUGAUAUAGUCCUCGACGUCGAUGGCUCAUCCGGUUCCGAGACAUACAAGAUCUCUGGCUCGGCGUACAAACUCACGAGACUGCGCUCACUGCACCACGGGACAUGUCUUCUCUCAUCACCAAAUUUACCAAACAUCGGCCAGUACCUUCGGUCACCCGCAGCGCCGUACAUAAUGGCACGCGGCGUGGAGAGCGUGCGAUCCAAGAUCAGAAAUGUCGAGCUGGAGACGUCUGACUUUGAGGAGGCUGUCGUCGCCGAGUUUGGCAGCAUGUAUGGAAACGCCGAUGCCGAGUUCAUUGACGAGAAUGAAGCAUUCCAGAAUCAAAUCAUACAGAAGGGUUUCAAAGAAAUUAUUGAUGACAAGUGGACAUAUGAACAAACACCUCGGUUCCUCUUCUCAACACAUUCCAAUGCCGAGGAUGAGAGGAUAAAACCUGCUUUGCCGGAUGAGAUUCCCAAACCAUUUGAGGUUCUCAUCGAUGCCCGUCAUGGCGAAAUUCUCUCAGGCGGGAUCACUGACAUGUCUCCGACAAACGCCUUGAACGGUGCCCAUAUCCAUACAAUACAGGAUUGGCGCCAGUACACUGAGGGUGCUGGGGGCGAGUGGCUGAACAGAAUGUUUGGCAUAAAAUCCUAA